ACAGGAUCAGAGCCUGGGGGUUGUCUGCUUCUAGGUCUGCUCCCAUUUUACAUCGCAUUUCCUCACUAGAUGGUGUGCAAGCCACUGGAGAGAACACUUCCACCGCACUGCGAGCUGCACAUCCAGCUACACAAAACCUGGGAAAACUACAAACCACGGAGUUCCAAAGCGGACGAGUGUGGAGUUAAAGAAAGCCCUCCGUGGCGUUUUUUCUUUAAAUUCAAAAAAAGAAUCUUUUUGUGGGGUAGCAAUAACACUUCGGGAAGAAAAAGGCGAACAGAAAGCAGCUGUGAUGGACAUAAUGAUUGCGGUGCAGGAUGCUGCUUGUGUCUCCGGUCAGUGGUUUACUGCGAUCAUUUUCAGCCUGUGCUGCUUCCUGCCGUCCUGUUUGCCAGCCGGACAAACUGUGGACUAUUCCUCGGUGGAGAAUGUAGUGAGCAGACAAGGCGACACGGCUCUGCUGAGGUGCUACCUGUUGGAUGGGAUCUCUAAAGGAGCCUGGCUGAACCGCUCAAGCAUCAUUUUUGCAGGGGAUGACAAGUGGUCCGUGGACCCACGCGUGUCCAUAGUGUCCAGUGUUGGAGACAAACAUGAGUACAGCCUUCAGAUACAGAAGGUGGACGUAACCGAUGACGGGCAAUACACGUGUUCGAUUCAGAGCGAACGCAACCCACGGCCGAAGCUCCUCAACCUCAUCGUAAAAGUUCCGCCUAAGAUAUAUGACAUUUCCUCUGACAUCACAGUAAAUGAGGGCAGCAACGUGUCGCUCAUCUGCACAGCCACUGGGAAACCUGAGCCUACCAUUUCUUGGAGACACAUAACCCCAUUAGCCAGGAAGUAUGACAGCGGCGAAUAUCUUAACAUCACCGGCAUCACAAGGGACCAGGCUGGAGAUUACGAAUGCAGCGCUCUAAAUGACAUUGCCUCUCCUGACACCAAAACAGUAAAAGUCACAGUCAACUUUCCACCGAGUAUUCACGAAAUGAAGAGUCACGGCGUUGGUUUGGGACGCAUAGGAUUGCUGCGGUGUGAAGCUGCUGCUGUGCCUUCUCCAACUUUUGAGUGGUACAAGGGUGAGAAAAGGAUCAUUAGGGGCCACGGUAUCGACAUCAAGAGUCUCAGCUCCAGAUCAGUCCUCACAGUGAACAACAUGACAGAGGAUCGUUAUGGAAACUACACGUGUGUCGCCAUCAACAAGCUGGGGACGGCUAAUGCCAGUGUGCCUCUUAUUCCAAUAAUUGAGCCCUCCACCACUAGUGCUGUCUCAAGCCCAGCACCCAACACUGCGCCCUAUGGGAGCACAGGAAGCGCCCAUCUCCCGCUGGCCUGUCGAUACCUGGUCCUGGCUCUCUCCUCCUUCAUCAGCGUGUACUAGCAGUGGUCGACGCAGACACAGUGACUGUCAAGAGCAUUUAUGAGUCCUUUUUUUGACAUUGCUGAUGGCUGAAAUUCAAUCUGGUACUGUUUGGUGGAAAGCUGAGGAGGGAAAAUAAUCAGCUUCUCUUUGUGUGGGGGAUUUUUUUUCUUUGCUUUCUGGUGAAAAAUCUGUCAUGUAAAUGCUACAAUGUUAUUUUUUAUCAUUAUUGUUAUUUUCUCUUUCAUAUAUUUUAUUAUGUUCCUAAUUGACAGACCACUUUGUGAAUUAGUGUUCAACACCCAUACCCCCCUCCCAACCUCACCAACUUCAAUCAUAUCAACAGCCUCUCAAACGAGUUACUUUCUUCCAUCUUUUUCCCUGCAAGGCGACGGCGCAAACUUUUCCAUUCAUUUUUGUACUUGGUUAAAAAGAAGCAAUUGUGCCAAGUCUCUGAAUACACAGAUUACCGUACCAAUGUAUUGAAUGUAUUAUGGGCUGGUGAACAAAGGAAAGACAUUUAGAUUUCUAACAAUAACAUAUUUGAUUACAGAGUGUGCUUAAAAUACGCAGGGGAAAAAAGAGGGCAGAAACAAACGAAGAAAAAUGGCUGGGCUUUAUCUGAGACCCAUGUUUCCAUGAUUUCUCAGUAGGUGGAUAAACAGUCCUGAAGGAUUGCGAUGUUGUAUUUCGGAAAUGGGUCCCUCAUUUACCACGCCUGCCUGACAGCUUUAAUCAGGCAGCCGUCAAAGUAGCAAAAUAUCCUGUAUCGUAUCUUUAUAUUUCAGUAUAGUGUAGGGUUUUGUUUGCGGGACCAGCUUCUCUCAUCUCACCAGGAGCAUUAACAUAAAUCAUAUCUUUGUACAGUAUGAAUGGAGGAACAUCGCUGCGCUUCUGUUUACAUUUUUCCUAAUAGAAAAUACUACAGCCUGUUCUUCAUGCUUGUUCUGAUUGUUCAAACAGUUUACUUCACUUAGUAGGAAGAAGGGAAGCCCAAGUUCAGUUGUUUAAAGAUUUACCUCUCUUUAGAAGAAAUCUCUUUCUACAGGUGUCAGAGCAGAGUUCUUUCUUCUGAACUGGGUUCCAAUCCCUCAGCAGCCAACUGCAGAUGUUGGCUGCAAGUUUUACCAAAAUACUUCAAUAACCUAACCAGAAAAAAAAUAUAUAUAUAUUAAAAUCUGACUUUUCUCCUGAUACUAAGAGGGUGAACAAAGAUGAUCAGUCUCUAAGUUUCAGACCAAUUUUUUUAAGGAAAGCUUAUAAGAGCAGCAUUUUCAUUCUAAGGUGUAGUGCCUUGUGAGAGUAUCAAUACCCCCAUUAGCAUUUCUACACUUUCUCAUACAACCACAAUCUGAAUUGUAUUUAUGAAUUUUUAGUUCUAUAAACCAACACAAGGUAGAGCAGUGAAGUGAAAAAGCAAAUUAAUAUUUUCAAAAGGAAAUUAAAAAAAAGUUAAAAGUGAAAAUGUAUUCUAUGAAUAUUAGUACUUUAAAACUGUGAUGAAUCACCUUUUGAUGUGUUCAAAGACAUUUAAGGACAGAAAAAUAUAUUCAAAUUCUUUCUUUCAAAAAACAUAGAUUUUCAAGUCUUGUGCAAAUAACUAUUGAAUUGAAUUCAGGCCUGAGAGAUUCUAACACAUCCGUUUUCGGUACGGAUCUGGCUGUAUGUUCAGCCUCUUUGUCUUGUUUAAUUAUUAGUCUGCUGAGUCUCAGAUA